GGCUUCUUUUUUUCUUCAUUUAAAAGAGGCCUCGUCGCGGCGGUAAUGGCUCGCCUCUUCAGAUAGAUAGGAGUCCUCGGCGACUUCAAGAAGGAGCCCGACGGCAACUCCUCCCUCCGCUUCUCCUCCGGCGACGCCAUGACCGUCGCCACGGAUCUCCCCUCCCCCUUCGGCCAGCUGGGCGUCUUUCUCUCCGACGCGGAGCUGCGCCAGACCGCCUACGAGAUCUUCGUCGCCGCUUGCCGCGCCAAUGGCGGCAAGCCCCUCACUUACACUCCCCAAUCCGAUCGAACUGUCGACCGCUCCCUGCCGCCGUCGCUAACCUCCGCGGCCGCCAGCAAGAUGAAGAAGGCCUUCGGGAUCAGGUCGCCGACGAAGAAGGGCAGCCUCGGCCAGGAGAGCAUCCCGGUGAAGUCCUCCAAGAAGCCAGCGUCUGUGGGAGAGCUGAUGAGGGUGCAGAUGGGCAUAUCGGAGCAACUCGACGCACGGAUUCGAAGGGGGUUGCUGCGGAUUGCUGCCGGAAAUCUUGGAAAGCGCAUGGAGUCAAUGGUUUUACCAUUAGAGUUUCUGCAGCAGUUCAAGGCUUCAGAUUUUCCUGAUCAACAGGAAUAUAAAGACUGGCAGGCUAGGAAUUUGAAGGUUCUUGAGGCUGGACUACUCCUCCAUCCUCUUCUUCCGUUAGACAAGUCAGAUGCUGCAUCACAAAAGCUUCAUCAAAUUAUGCAUGGGGCUUCAGACGGGCCUAUUGAGACAGGAAAAAACUCUGAAUCAAUGCAGAUUCUACGCAGUGCUGUGACAUCACUUGCUUACAGAUUGUUGGAUGGAAUUGGCUCAGACGCAUGCCACUGGGCAGAUGGAUUUCCACUAAAUCUCCAUCUGUACCAAAUGCUGCUGGAAGCUUGUUUUAACAACAGCAGCGAGGAAGGAUCAACAGUUGAUGAAUUCGAUGAGGUUUUAGAGUUGAUAAAGAAGACAUGGGCCAUCCUUGGAAUAAAUCAGAUGUUUCAUAAUCUCUGCUUUACUUGGACCUUGUUUCUCAGAUUUGUUACAACUGGAGAAGUUGAAGUUGGUCUGCUAAUUGCAGCCGAUGCUCAAUUAACUGAAGUUGCAAGUGAUGCAAAAGCAACACAAGACCCGACUUACUCGAAAAUUUUAAGUUCAACAUUAAGCUAUAUUAUGGAUUGGACAGAGAAAAAACUUUUUGCUUACCAUGAUAUGUUUAAUUCUAGCAACAUUGAGUUGAUGGAAACUGUUGUCUCAUUUGGAGUAACAGCUGCAAAGAUACUAGUCGAAGAUUUUUCUACUGAAUAUCACCGUAAGAGGAGAGAAGAAACUGAUGUAGCUCGUAGCAGAAUUGAUGCCUAUAUUCGAUCAUCGCUUCGUGCUGCCUUUGCUCAGAAAAUGAAACAAACAGCCUCAAGCAAGCUAUCAUCAGAAGACCAGAGUACUCCAUUGCUUUCCAUCCUUGCAGAGGAGAUUGAGGAGUUGGCAAACAAAGAAAAAGAGUUGUUCAGUCCGAUAUUGAAGAAAUGGCAUCCCCUUGCUGCGGGUGUUGCUGUUAUGACUCUUCAUUCUUGUUAUGGAACUGAACUAAAGCAAUUUUUAUCUGGUGUCAAAGAGCUAGCACCAGAUGUACUCCAAGUUCUUAGAGCUGCAGACAAGUUAGAGAAAGAUCUCCUCGACAUUGUUGUUGAAGAUUCUGUUGAUAGUGAUGAUGGGGGCAAGUCACUAAUCAGAGAAAUGCCACCUUACGAAGCUGAAUCUGCUAUUGCCGAUCUUGUAAGAGCAUGGAUAAAGUCUAGACUAGAUCAGCUAAAGGAAUGGCUCGACCGGACCUUGCAGCAAGAGGUUUGGAACCCGAGGGCAAACAAAGAAAAUCGUUCUCCUUCUUCAGUUGAGAUACUGCGGAUGGUUGAUGAAACUUUAGAUGAGUACUUUGAUCUGCCUAUACCCAUGCAUGCUGUCUUGCUUCCAGACUUGCUGAAAGGACUUGAUAGGAGUCUACAACAUUAUGCAUCUGAGGCCCAGUCAGGAUGUGGUGCUCGAAAUGAUUUCAUGCCUGCAUUGCCUGAAUUGACCAGAUGUACAGUUAGUUCCAAGUUACGGAAGAAAAAGGACAAGCCACAGAACUCGACAAAAAGAAGAUCACAAGUUGGAUUGACAAUUGGAGAUUGUUCUUUGGGUUUGUCACAGUUUUGUGUACGCAUUAAUUCACUUUAUCAUAUCCACAAAAUGUUGGAGAACCUGGAAAAGAAAAUAAAGUCCUGUCUGAGGAAUCUUGAAUCAGCUCAAGAAGAUGUAUCAAAUGGCACACAGUCCAGUUUUGAACUUUCUCUAGCUGCUUGCCAAGAAGGAAUUCCGCAGCUUUGUGAGACAACAGCCUACAGGAUGAUCUUUCAUGACCUGGAUCAUGUUCUAUGGAAUUCUUUAUACGUUGGUGAGGCAGCUUCUUCAAGAAUAGAUCCUUUUCUGAAAGAACUCGACCUUAUUCUGGAGGUAGUAUUGAACACAGUGCACAUGAGAGUUCGGCAUCAGCUGAUAACUGAACUGAUGAAAGCUUCUUUUGAUGGGUUGUUGCUAGUGCUGCUUGCUGGUGGCCCAUCGCGUGGUUUCUCUUGCCAAGAUUCUCAGAUUAUUGAGGAGGAUUUCAAAUCUCUAAGAGAGUUAUACUUGGCUGACAGAGAUGGGUUGCCUGAAGAAUUGUUUGACAAGGCUGCAGCAGAAGUGAACAAGGUGCUACCCCUUUUUCGCACUGACACUGAGACCCUCAUUGAGAAGUUCAAACAUAUGAUUGCAGAGACUUACGAUCCUGCAGCCAAAUCCAAAUACCCAAUACCACCAAAUCCAGGGAACUGGGGCCCGACGGAGCCCAGCACGAUUCUACAUGUUCUGUGCCAUAGGAAUGAUGUGGCUGCAACAAAGUUCCUGAAGAGAACCUACAACUUCCCCAAAAAGCUGUAACCUCUCGGCACCCUCCCUACUUGUUGCAUGUUAAUCCAUUACCGGUUUUUGGAAGCACCAGACUGCUACUGUAGGACUUCACAACACAAGUCUGCUGAUUGAAUUGGUUGUAUGAUCAACGGUCUGCUGCUUGGGAUGGUGACC